UUAACAAAUUUUCCUCCUAUGUCAGCACUGGUCAAAGUUGUUCUAUCAAUGUUAAUAAUGCUUUUAGUGGGAGCUGGAAAAGCACAGCUCCAAUGUUUUUGGCUCCUAAUCUAGUUCCACAAUCGAUUUAAGUUCGGAGAACAAUUUUUAACACUUGAAUGCAUGCUAAAGGCAGGGGAAAACAGGGGAAAUUUCAGGCUCUCAUGCAUUUUCAAUGGGAUAAUCGACAAUUUUUUCUUUUUCUAGGGGAUAAUCUACACCCUUGUCGACAUUUUUUUAACAUUCCAACUCUCUUUCUGUUGCCUUCUGUCAUUGUUGGACAGGUUGGGUGUUCCACGGACAACAUUUAAGAAGCUUAAGUUUCAGUAUAAAGCAAUUUCUUUCAGAAAAAUAAGAACAGUGGAUUGGAACUUUGAACCUGAUACAUGGAGCUUGAAUGGAUAAGAUGGAUGUCACGCUGGAUGACAUCCCUCCAUACGUAAGCCAUUUCGUUAUUAUCCUAAAAUGCUAUUCUUUGCUACCCCAUAAUAAUGAAACGGAGAAAGUAGUGAUAUUUAGUCAAAUGUGAGAGUUUGAAAACCCAAGAGUCUAUGGCUUCUGGGCCAUGUGAACCAUAUAAGACUCUAGUCUGCUUUUCUCAGUUCUUAUUAACUUUAACCAGAUUCUUCUGGGACUAAAAGCGAACUGCCUAUCUCAUUGUCUUUGAAUCCAUGGACUCAAAAUCACAUCCAGUAGAAAUGUUUUUCUUCCCUUACGUAGGAGGAGGCCAUCAAAUCCCCAUGAUAGACUUAGCCAGGAUGUUUGCAGCCCAUGGUGCCAAAUCCACCAUCAUCUCCACCGCUAAGCAUACGCUCUCCUUUCAAAAAUCCAUUCUCCGCGACCAGCAGUCUGGUCACCAAAUCUUCAUCCAAACCCUCCAGUUACCAGAUAACGUUGACAUAGCUGACACCGACAUGUCGGCUCCUCCUCAGACAGACACGUCCAUGCUCCAAGAACCUCUGAAGAGCUUGCUACUUCAAUGCCAACCAGAUUGCAUUGUUCACGAUGUGUUCCAUCGUUGGGCUGCAGAUGCUAUUGACAAUCUUGAGUUGGAUAUCCCAAGAAUUGUGUUCACUGGAAACGGUUGCUUUUCUAAUUGCGCUCGAGAAAAUAUAACCAAGUUUAAGCCUGAUGAGAUGGUGGGUUCGGAUUAUGAGCCUUUUGUUGUACCCGGUCUUCCUGAUCGGAUUGAACUGACUCGAUCUCAGCUUCCAGUAUUUCGAGUUAUACAGCAGCAUAUGCGAAAAUCACAAGAGAAAUGUUUCGGGGUUGUGGUUAAUAGUUUCUAUGAAUUGGAGCCAGCUUAUGUAGAAUAUUUCAAGAAAGAAUUGGGGAAUAAGGCGUGGCUUAUAGGGCCAGUAUCAUUAUACAACAGAAAUAUUGCUGAUAAAGCUGAAAGAGGUAAAAAGGGCUCAAUUGAUGAACAAAGCAUUCUCAGCUGGCUUGAUUCUAAAGAACCCCAUUCAGUUCUUUACAUUAGCUUUGGAAGCUUAGCUCGUUUAGCUCCAGAACAGCUCCUGGAGAUUGCAUAUGGUCUCCUGGCUUCCAACCAACCAUUCAUCUGGGUUGUUGGAAAAGUCUUCAAAGCUAAUGGGAAAGAGAAAUUAGAAAAUUGGCUUCCACGUGGGUUUGAAGAAGAGAUGACAGAAUCCAGAAAGGGACUAAUAAUCCGUGGAUGGGCACCGCAAUUGUUGAUUUUAGAACAUUCCUCGGUGGGAGGUUUCAUGACACAUUGUGGAUGGAAUUCUACUUUAGAGGGUGUAAGUUGCGGUGUGCCAAUGAUCACAUGGCCAAUGUCAGCAGAGCAAUUUUAUAAUGAGAAACUGAUAACUGAUGUCCUGAAGAUUGGAUUCAAAGUGGGGAGUUUGGAUUGGCUCUCAUGGAACAUGGAACCGCGAGCAGCAGUUGGAAGAGACAAGGUGGAGGAAGCAGUGAAGAGGCUGAUGGGUGGCGGGGAAGAGGCUGUAGAGAAGAGAAAUAAAGCAAGACAAAUUGGAGAAAUGGCUAAGAGAGCUGUUGAAGGGGGAUCAUCGUAUAAAGAUGCUAUUGCUUUAAUUAAGGAGCUGAAGGAUCGCCAGAAAACCAACCCUUAAUGGGAAUGGGAUUAGGAUUGUGGUUGUGUCUAAAUCCAUGCCAAGAAAAUCUAAAAUUAAUUAUACGCUCUUUUCUUGAUGGCAUGAAGGUAAGAAACAAGCAAAUAUGAUAUUAAUCUUUCCCUAAUCUCUAUUACAACAAAGUAAAAUUUGGUCUUCGAAUCAUUGAGGAUCAAAUGUACUUGAAUGUUGCGAAGAUCGUUACGUUUAAGAGAAAUCAUUUAGCAAAUAUAUAUAUAUAUAUAUAUAUGUAUGUAUGUAUGUAUAAGUGGAAGCAAGUAAUCUAUCAAACUAGAGAAUAUAAAUAAAAAUAAGAUAUUCAAGCAAUAAAAUUUUGAGGCUGGGUUAGAUUAUUUUUUUAUCCUUUCCUGUUCCUUUUUCUUCCUUUGGUGAAUCAAUGAUAGAAAUAUAUAAAGGAAACUUAAAAAUUGAGAGAGUGAUGAGUUAUGAAAAAUGGAUUGGAGUGAGAACAGAUGUAACUGUGGUGAGCAUGCAGAUCAAAGCCUCUUCGCAGCCUUUUUGGAAUACAUGAAUAGCAGAGUAUAUACAUAGGCGUUAUGGAGUGCAGCAUUCCAAGUCUACGACAGAGUGGCUGAUGUUUACAUUCCAAGCACUGAAAUUGAUACGCAAUAUCUUCAAGAUGCUGUAGGAUUUUCGAUAUGAUUCCCUCUAGAAACUAGAAUUAAUUAGUAUACAUAACUCGUCAGGUAAAACCCAAAAUCAAAUUCAUUAUCAAAGUAUUUGUCGUAUAUAAUCUCUCUAUUUGGUCCAGAAAUUAUAAGAAAUUAUAUCUCAUAUCCUAAAUUUUUAAAUUUUUUAUUUGUCACUAAAUCAAAGUUUCUAAACAGAAUAUUAGUGAAUUGUAGUAACUUAUUCAAAUCCAAUUAGGACAUCUCGUAAAAUUUCAUCUUUUAGAAAAAUAAUCCUACUGAUUUCUUCAUAUGAAAUAGUUUGAUGUCUUUGAUCUAAUCUAUGCACAAGAAGUCUGUCAAUAUCCAAAUCAUAAUUAGAUUUUACUCUCAUGCAUAACUAAAUUUCUUUCGAAAUUGAAAUUCGAAACAAAUACAAAACUCAUUUCACCCAAAGAAAAUUCAUACCUAAACACUCAAAAGAAAAUCAAAAUUGAAUAAAAUUAAAACAACUUCAACAAGAAAACAUAACAAUAAAGUUAAUCCAUCAAGAACUCAUGUGCCUUCAUGUAAAUAAGAUGAGUUUGUGAGUUUUGAAAGAUGAAGUCACGGAGAAUUAAGAUAAAAAAACAAAGAGAAAGGGAAAAGAACAUAAAAAAGGAAAAAAAAAAAAGGAGAAUUUGAUUGGAGAGACAUAAAAUAAAGCGUGAGAGAGCAA